AUGGUAAUCAAACAAGAAGCUCAGUUGCAGAUAAGGAGUUCAAAUCCAGAACAAGAGCGAACUUUUGAGGCUACCAUAGAGACACAAGAGACAAGUCCAGAAGUUUUCGACAUCAAGAUUCAAGCAGAUCAGCUACAAGAUAUUCAGAGCCAAACGACAAUACAACAUCAAGACAAGGAGGAGUAUAUUGAAAUAUCGCCUAUGGAAGGUCGACUUUUUGAUACUUGUUGUGAAGAGUAUGAGGAUUUCGAUGAUGAGGAGGCGAUAGAAGAUGUUCUUGUUGAUGAGCCAACUUUGGGUGCGCCGGAUUGUGAGCAAUACAUGGUGAAACCAGAAAUGAAUGGAGGAGAUGAAUGCAUGAAAAAAUUUGGGGGAUUCAUCAAUUGUUCCAGAGUAUGA